UUAUUCUGCUUGAGUUUGCUUAAGUCCACUCAGAAUGCAACCUUCAUUCUGGAUUCAAUUCCAACUGGGCCGAAAUCAUUGUGGUCUCUGAUUGGCUGCAAUGAAGCCGUCCACCCGCCUCCACAGGACUCUUCCCGUAUUCAUGUUUCUGACUCCUCCUACCAGGGCGGUGCUGAGCGUCAACGUGCGGAAUGACGUUGGCUGCAAGCAGUCAGUGAUGGCGGCGCAGCGGGGCGGCGGUCCCAGUUCUUCUCGGCCCGCAGCGGCUGCGGAUCACUCGGUUCUGGUCGUAGUGGGAGCGCUCCAGCCCAGCGGACCGCUGGAUUUCGUACUGCGACAGAUAGAAGCAGGUUUGCGCUGCUGGCAGGCGGAUCUAGAUGUUGCGGUUCUGGAUCAGCAGCUAAAGCUCUUCGUGUCGAGACAUUCGGCUUUUCUGUCUGAAGACGUCCGAGGUCAGCGGACCCUGCAGCACCAGGGAGAGGUUCUGGACACCCAAGUGGUUCUGAACCCGACCCAGAGCUUGGUCUGCUCAGAGGUCCAGCGGCUCCUCUGCGACCCGUCGCGCCACAAGCUGCUGGUUCUGGCGGGUCAGUGCGUGGAGAGCAGCGGAGAGCUGGUUCUGCAGCAGGGCGGAUUCUCCAGCCGGGAUCUGGCCCAGAUCCUGGCCGGUGACGAGGUGGUGGAGCUGCUGGGUUCUGCUGACCCGGUUCUGAAGGCCCGUCUCACCCUCAGCUGCCCGGCCCAUUGCUUCUGGACCGACUCGGAGCUGCAGAACCUGCACGUCCCGGUCUGCAUGCGGAUCAACCCGGGCCUGGUUCUGCCGGAGAUGGAGGGCCUGCAGGAGUUCACGGAGUACCUGUCGGAGUCGCUGGAGCCCGGCUCGCCCUUUGACCUCCUGGAGCCGCCUGGCACCGCCGGCUUCCUCAAGCUGUCGCGGCCCUGCUGCUACGUGUUCCCCGGGGGCCGCGGUGACUCCGCCUUCUUUGCUGUCAACGGCUUCAACGUUCUGGUGAACGGCGGCUCAGACCCGCGCGCCUGCUUCUGGAAGCUGGUCCGGCACCUGGACCGAGUCGACUCGGUGCUGCUGACCCACAUGGGCGAUGACAACCUGCCGGGCCUGAACACGUUACUGCUCAGGAAGGUGGCUGAGCGGAACCAGGAGGACGGGGAUAACCGGGUCAGGAACCUGGUGUCCCCGGAGCUCGGCGUGGUGUUCUUCAACGCCCCCGGCAGACUAAAGUCCGUCCGUCCAGUACCAGGCCAGCUGCGCGGCUGUGACCAGGCGGCUCUCGCCCUGCUGACCCUCCAGAAGCUGGGAGUGACUCCAGAACCUUUGAGCAGGCCCAGCGGGCCCGCCGUAGAGCCGCUGAUCCUGUUCCAGAAGAUGGGAGUGGGCCGGCUGGAGUUGUAUGUUUUGAACCCGGUCCGCGGGUGCAAGGACCUGGAGGCUCUGAAGCAGCUGUGGCCCAACGAAGCCGACUCAGGAGCUGCAGAGCUACCUCUGACCUGCCGGGUGUCCAUCUGCGCCUUGCUGGUCUGGCACCCAUCCAGAACCCAGGACCGGAUUGUCCGAGUUCUCUUCCCUGGCUGCACACCACAGGCCAAGAUCCUGGACGCUCUGGACAAACUCGCUCAUCUGGAUUUCCUGAAGCAGCCGACUGUCAGUCUGGAGGCACUGGAAGUGUCCAAAACCCAGAAGCCAUUGAUCCGCCAAGAAAGUCGCGAAAGUCUCAAGUCCCAGUCCAAAGACCCAAGACCCAACGGUGCCUUACAGAAAGACAGACGGAUCGAAGUCCGAAAACCUGAGCUGAAGACCAAGACCAAAGCAGGAGGGGACGCCACGUCCAAGGAUGCAGAAGAAAAGACCCAGAUAAAGGAUGCAGAUCUGAAACCAAAGACCACAAAAGCUGCUGAGAAACCAAAUUCAAAGAGGGAUGGAUCAAAGGAGGAUAAGAAGGAUGUGAAAAAGAAGGACGAGAAGGUGUCUGCUGCUUCUGGCAAGAAAGAAGAGGCCUCGGAAAAGAAGAAGGAAGCUGCAAAGAAGGACGCCACAAGUCUGAAGACCAAGAAGGAAGCGAAACCAGAACCAAAGAAAGACAACAAGAAGGAAGGUAGAACCGAGGAGAAGAAACCUGCAAAGUUACUGGUUAAAGAAAUAAAGAGAACCGAUGGAACCACUUCCUUAACCGGAGCUACUGAACAAAGGAAAGCUACGGGUAAAACCGGGAGUGUGAAAAAGGGUGGGAUGCUUCCAAAGAAAGAUGCCUUCAACAAGGAGACGAGUAGGAAGUCGAGAUCCCAGGAAAACCAGAAGACUUUAACGGCCGAGGACACUACGGUGGAGUUUAACAAACUGGAGGAUGCCAACGGGAACAGAUGCCCAAAAAUUGCUGGGGUGUCCAAGGAGACUUCCCUCAAUGGGAACCAGAUCUCCACCACAGAGAGUCCAGAGAAGUUCCACUCUGUUGAGACGGAUCCGGUUAGCGCCACCUCACGUAUCACCAGAACACCAAAAGGUGACCUCAGCGUGAACUUUGACCUUAGUCCAGCAAUGUUCCGGGUUGCAGAGGGUUCCCCCAGAGUCCGGGUAGAGAAGACCCUGGAGCUGUUUUCUCCUGCAGACUCUGCUCCAACCAGUGCCGGACACACUCCCUUCCACCCGUCCCCUGAAGACACGCUGGGUCUCAGCAGCCCGGGCGCCCGGGGAUCCAGUCUGGGCUUUGAAGACUACAACCAGACCGGAUCAUGCAGAACCUCGGAGGUCAGCUCUCUGCGGGAAGGUGUGGAGAACUCCACAUCGUCUCAGGAUAAAUGCUCCAGCCUCCUGAGUCCGGCCAGGGACUCCUCCCCCACCAUGACGUCCAUGCCGGCGGAGGUCGGCUCCCCCCACUCCACCGAGGUUGAUUGUUCCCUCUCGGUCUCCUCAGAGCCGGUCCCCUCUGCCGGUGCCUCAGAAUGCGCCAACACGAUUCUUCCCGGUGGGCCCACCCUGAACGGACGCUGUGGUUCCGGGGAGAAUGUCCGCGGGGUGUCGGGACUCCCCUCUGAGGUUCCCCACAAUGUUGACCUCUGCCUGGUGUCUCCUUGUGAGUUCCAGCACCACCCGACUUCCGGUGCCUCACCAGACCUAUCCGACAAUGACCCCUCCCCUCCCACCUCGGCCUGCAGCCAGGAGACCCCACCCACAUCGGUCAGCGACUCCCUGCCUACCGCCACGGACUCCGACUUGCCCCCCAGCACCGAGGAGUGUCCCUCCAUCACCGCUGACCUGGACUCUGAUGAAGACUCCGGCUUCCUCCGUCAGGCCAGUGAUCUUCCCAGUCAGCACUUCCUGCGGCGUACGGGACUCGACCCGCCACCUGCACCGGUUAAAGACCUGCCCCCUCUGCCGCUGCAGCGUGGCGCCUGCAUGGCCGACCCCGAGGCUGACCACGCCCUUAAGGCGUCCAGCGCCAGAAAGAAGCCUCUGCAGAGAACCACGUCAGGAAGCAGCCGGUCCAAAGCCGGUUCCCCCGGCUCCCUGAGGACCGGCCUCAACUCCAGACCUUCGUCACGGAGUUUGCCUGGUGGAUCCAAGGUCAUGCCUUCAAGACCGUCAGGUUCUGCUGGUCCUGAAGGUCCUGUGGUUUACGUGGACCUGGCUUACCUGCCGUCUGGCUCCGCCUCCUCCACCGUCGACCACGGCCUGUUCAAACGCCUGCGUGCUUCGUAUUACAUCAUCAGCGGCGACGACCCGGCGAAGGAGGCGGCGAUGAGGAGGAUCCUAGACGGCCUGCUGGCGGGGAAGAGCACCUGGCCCGACGAUCCGGUGACCCUCAUCCCCACCUUUGACUCGCUGGCCAUGCACGAGUGGUACCAGGAGACGCACGAGCGGCAGCAGCAGCUGGCGGUGACGGUGCUGGGCAGCAACAGCACCGUCGCCAUGCAGGACGAGACCUUCCCCGCCUGCAAGGUGGAGUUCUGAGCCGGGCUCCGCCCACCUCCCGGCAGGACGCAGCCGCUGUACCAGUUAGAAACGUUUGCUCGCUACUUUCCUCACCAGUGUGACAUCAUUGUGGUCUCCCCCAGGACCCACUGGAACAGAACCAGCAGCUAGAACCCAUCCUGUGGAUCGGAACCUGGAUGGUUGAGACGUUUUGACUAAAACGGUUCGGAUUAAAAUUAGCAUUAAACGCUACGAUUAGCCCGCCGCUCAGUGUCAGCAUUAUGUUAAAAUCUUGUUCCUCAGUCAUCGACAUAAUCACCAGGUAGCCGCACCGUUUCCACGGCAACGCCGCUGACGCCACAAAAUGCUACGUAUAUCACACGCACCACUUUCACCACAGGAGCAGAGGUGAAAGGUCGUAAAGAAACAUAAAAAACAUCGUAAAGAAUCAUCGGACCAAAUCGUAACGAAACAUUGUAAAAAACCGUUGACACAUUAAAAUUAAACACUGUAAAGAAAUGUAGGAAGGAAACACAGGAAGAUGCAGACGGAAGGAAAACCCAACUGAAUAGCCAUGCUAAUGCUAAAGCUAGUGCUAAGCUAGCGACCAUUCGUCAUCGUGAAGAGCAGAACUUUAGUUUAGAAGUUUAAGCCAAUAAGCUGCUGCGCUGAUCCAGCUCUGCUAGUUCUGCUUGUUCCAAUGCCAACAUUAAUAUUCACGGCCAUGCUGGUUCUGCUACGGUUCUGGUUCCGGCCGACCCAGUCGAUCCUGGGUCUUCAUCUGCUGAUGAACUGGGACUCUGGUUCUGACCUGUCAACUUCUGAACAGAACCCAGUAAUCAUGGUUGUGCUGCGGUUCUGAAAGUCUCAGGUUCUGUUGGCGGUUCUGUUCCUCCUGAAGGUUCUGACCCGGUAGGCGGAUGAACUGUUUUCUGGUCGGUUCUGAUGCCUCCCCAGGUUCCGUCCACGCUGCCGCCGGCUGCAGCAGCAGUGCAUCCUGGGAGCUGUAGUCAGUGUUUCUGCCUGUUUAAAUGAAUCCUGACUGAAUUCACCUAUUUAUUUAAUUUAACUGUGAUGUCACAAAGUGUCCUUUAGGGCGGCGCCGUCCGUCCGAGCCGCUUGCCGCCUCUUAAAGCCACAGAAUGUUUUUAUGCUCCUGAUGGAACCAGAACCUGCUAAUGUGGUUCUGGAGUGCCGUUGGGUCCUUUAGCUCCGCCCCCUCACCUGUCUGCUUCCUGGAACACUAAGGAUGGCCUUUCAGAAUAAAAGUAGCUGUUGAACA